AGCUGGAGGGGGAAGACUGAGCUGAUGAGCAUGGGCACUGGCUGGGAACCUGAGGCACUGAAAUUGGACUAGGUAGGCAUCAGUGCCAGGCUACAGGCUGGAAUCCCUGGAGCUUUUUUACAUCCUGGUCUGUUUUUUUUUAAAUUUUAUUUUAAAAACCCUGGUUGCUGCUCUGAGUAAGGUCACAUAGCAGAGGCAGGGAAAGAACCCAGGCGUCCUGAAUCCCAGCCCAGCAUUCCACCCACUAGACCGCACGGUGGAAAGCGCUUUUGCUUUAUUUUCCGUAACGGAUCUGGGUGAAAGGGAGGCGGAUUUGGAUUGCUGGAUGCCUCGCUUGGGUAAAUAUUUUGCUGUAACCACAGCUUCUGGAACCCAGCCAUUUAAAGCAGUUGGCUCACCUAGAAAUCCCUGAGCCUGAGCCAGCUCAGCCCUGCUGCUCACGUCACCCAGCAUCCUCCUUAUCAGAGCCAGGCUAAAGGUUUGUAAUGACACCUGCCAGUGACGAGCUGGGUUUCCCAGCCAACCAGAGCCAUUGAUCUAAAGGACUCCUAGAACCAGCCAGUCACCUAUUACUGUAGGAUCUGGAUGCUGUGCGGUCUGUAAUCCAUUUGUCCUCAUGCUAUUCCUGUGAGGCAGGUAGUGCUAUAAUCCCUACUAUGCAGUUGGGCACUGGAGACUUUUUUUCGCAGAGACCAAGUGACCCGCCCAAGGUUACACAGGGAGCCAGUGGCAGAGGUACAAUAGGGCCACAAACUGUCGUGGGUAUUGGUUUGUCCAGUGCUCCACUGACAUGCCCUGUCUGCAUUAGGAUGAUACUGUGUGGUACUUAGUUGGCAUGGGGUAAAACCAACCUUUUUCUGUUGGAGAAGACAAGGCCAAAGCUGAACUCUUAUGGAAAAGAACAUAAGACUGAUGGGGCUGACAGGUAAGUCGGGGAAAAUAAUUAGAUCCCUUUUUGUGUCUAAUAUCAGUUUGAAAUAAGUGUCAGAGACUUGUGUUAUGUAGCACAGCGUUGGUAUGUUGAGAGGUGCUGCUGGUCAUUCUCAAGAGCAGGCUGGGAGCUGGAUUUUAUCUUCCACCAAACAAAAUCAGAUUUGGUUGCAGAACAAUUUGAUUUUUUUCACUGGAAAAUCAGAAAAUGAUCUACCUCCUACCCCCAAGAACUCAAAACUGUCAAUAUUUUGCAAGUGAAGAAGAAAAUAUUGAUGAAAAUGGGACCUUUUAUAAGCAAAUUGGCAUUUUGUCCAAAAUACUUUUUUUUCAUAAAAAAUGUGGAAACGGAGUCCUAACCUCUUGGCUGGUGUCUGUUAGAGAAGUUAAUGCAGCCAUAUUAGUUCAUACCAGCUAAGGGACCCAAGCCGUAGAUUUUCGGAUUGAGCGCUUUGGAAAGAACAUAGGCACAGCUGGCAAACCCUGCUGAGAGUGUCUGAAGGCUGACCUUUUGCCUAUAGACUGUAGGCCUUUGGCACAGGAACUUUCUCUCUGCUCUGUUCAUGCAGCACCUAGCACUCUGGUAUCUUGGGCCAGCACUGGGCUUCUCAGAUGAUACAUCCAUGAAAGGUGUAAAGGUGCGUGUGGAUUCAUGAGCCAAAAGCACCUGUUCCUUUUAUCUGGUCUGACCUGCAUCACAAUGGCUGGAGGAACUCGCCCAGUGCUUCUCUGCAGCAGAGAGAAUUAUUCUUCUCUGCCACAUAAGUGAUGCUCACAAGUCAAGUAACUUGAGCAGAUCUUGUAAAACAGCCUUCCCAUCUCACUUGAAAGACUUCAGAUGAAAGGAUCUUAAAUAACUGCAAAUCCCAUCGGUGGCUCUUAUCUAGAUCCAUGUGAGGUAAUCAAAGUUUUAACAGCAAAGUUGGAGUACAUCUGCUUCAUGUGGCACGAGUCGUUCCUAACUACCGAGUUGUGUGGGCUGGCUGAAAACUUCCAAAAGAAACGUUUUCCCAUCAGGAAAUGGGCUUUGGCCAGAACUAUUUCUAGAGUUCUUUUCCCAUGGAAAGGGUUUUGAUUUGGGUGGAACUUUCCGACAGGAAAAUUGAAAAGAGAACUAUAGUUUUGCGGGGGUCGACAUUGUUCCCUGUGCCUGCCAGAGCCAUCAUGAUGCAGCAUGACAGUUGUAGUUUGAACCCCAUUGGCCUUCAUAUUCCCUUAUAGGUCCUGCCAUCUGCUUGGACUACAUCUCCCAUGACACCUCCCAUGGAUGAGUUCCCAUAUUACAUUAUGGACAUCCUAGACCCAAAUGAAACAAAGAUAUUUCUUAACCAUAUUCUUUUUCUUACCAUUUUAUUCUGAAAUGGAUUCUAAUAUUGUCACUUCUUGUUCUGAUUUGGGGGACAAAAGCAAACGGGAAUGUCACAUGGCCUACAGGACAUACAGUCUCUCUCUGAUCAGGUCUACUAGGUAUUUAUCUGGUCUUUCUGAUCAUUUAAGGGUUUUUUUUUUACCCUCUAGACCUUUGUGGUAGGAGUAUAUUAUCCCCAUUUUACUGAUGGGGAACUGAGGCCCAAGGAAGAUUAAGUGAUUUAUCUAAGGUCAGCCACAGAGUCAGUGGUAAAGCAUAAAAGAGAAGCUGCUAGAUUUCCUGUGUCCCACUCCUAGUUCUGUCUGCCAGCCCCACUUCCUCCCAGCCUUCCCCUUUAAGAUGCAGCAUCUUUCAAUUUAUUGGGCUGCUCUUGGAAAAGAGUGUUCUAAUGAGGUAUGUGCUACUCAGAAAAUUCAAAGCCAACAUAAACACACACACCUCCUGAAAAUCAAUGCCUGCUUUCAUAGGCACAUACAACCAGGGCACUCAGGUGCACACCACACACCCAAAUAACCCGUUGCACCCACUCUUGUGACAAAUGAACUCUCAGCCACAUGCACGUGUGUGCACACAUGCAUGCAGGCCGACGUAUGUGCAGAAAGCCAAUGCGCAUCUAUCUCAGUGCUCCCCAGGAUUAAAAGGGAUUUGCCUUUGCAUGUAUGCUUCACAGUGUGAACACCGCAUGCACGUGAAACCAAAGUGAGUUGCCUAUUGGGAUGGCACCUCCAUCUAGUUUGUCACCCACAAAUCUUGGAGGGAUUUAGCAAGAGCAAGUGGGUGCUACAGGUAGGUAAACUGAGGCACAGGAAAGCUAAGCAACUUGCUUUAAGACUACUGGUAGAACCAAGACUAGAACUUAAGUUUCCUGGAACCCACUCAGCACCGUGUCUAGUGCCUGCUUGACCUACUGGGCAGCACUGCCUCCUACCUAUGCACCCACAUAAACACCCUUCUGCAAGCAGGCACUAAUCCCAAUGCAAUCAAAUUUCCCAGAGGGGAGGGGGUCCUCUCCUGAGCUGGGCGAUUAAAGAGUUAAACACGGAUGGUUUUGUUUGAAACCACCCUAAUCGGCUCCCAGUGAGGGCUCAUUAAAGAGGCCUUUGCCCCCUGCCCAGAGGAUUAAUAAUUCAGACCGUGGCUCCAGUGAGCUGGUAGGAGGGCAGCGCUCCCUCCCUCCCUGCCUCCUCCUCCUGUCUCUGCCUCUGCCCUCCCUACCUACACGACUCACUCCUGCAGCAGGGAUGGAACUGCCUAACUCUGCUGGGUGACAGGGGAGUGGGCACAUUUGAGCAGAGCAGCGGGAGACUCCUUUGUGGGGCUCAAACAGGAGCCAUCUGGGCUGGAGCAGGGGGCUCCGGGGGACUGAGCAGCACAGUUCUCUCUUCCCGGUGAGUUCAGAGGAGAGAGGGAACAGGAGAGCUCCAGAGAAGGAGGACCUGGACUUGAAAGCUGGUUUCGGGAGCUGAGAGAGAAGAGACAGAGACAGAGCCCACCAGCACGAUGGACCCCAAGGAUCGCAAGAAGAUCCAGUUUUCAGUCCCUGCACCCCCCAGCCAGCUGGACCCACGGGCAGUGGAGAUGAUCCGACGACGGAGGCCCACGCCAGCCAUGCUCUUCCAGCUGUCGGAGCAUUCAUCCCCAGAAGAGGAGUCUUCCCCAUACCAGAGAGCCAUGGGUGAGGGCCACCUGCACAAAACGAAGAAAUCCAACCCAUGCACCUACACCCCUCCGUCUCUGAAAGCUGUGCAGCGCAUUGUGCAGUCCCACCUGGAAAACAGCAGUAACCUGCAAGAUGGUGACCAUGACAGCUCCGAUGGGGAGACUGAAGACAGCAAUCCACAUGACCCAGAGGAUGCCGAAAUUGAGGGCCCUGGCCUGUUUGACCUGGAGAGCAGCAAUGAUUCUGGUGGCCAGAAGGUGUCCUUUGCUGGGGGCGUAGAUGACCUUGGGGAUGGACUGAAACCGCUUGCUGAAUCUGAAAUACCUGAAGAUGCUGAAGGAGCAGGGGCAGAGGACCAGGAACCAGAAAUGGAGCAGGACAAUCCUCCUGCAAGCGGACCUGCCAAAGAGCGAAGACAUGUUGGCUUUGUUGAGACAGCCCUACACCCUGUUAACAUGGAGAGCCACACUCCUUCCUCCCCUCUGGAUGGCACCAGUUAGUUCAGGAGGCAGGAGGAAGGUGGAGGGGGCCACCCCAGGGAUGGAGUGCUCUCAUCUUCCCAUGCCCCAGUCUGGAUUCUCUUUCCUUAAUGGCUGCAUUUCCUCUUUCCUUCCCCUUCUAUUCUCUUCUCUUUGAUUUCUCUGUCUCCUGCCAAUGGUUUGUCUCUAUUAAAUGAGUUUAGCACUGGCGAAUGACGCAAGCUUGGCAGAUGAUUGAAAGCCUCUGCAUGUCCACCUCUAGAUGAUAGCAAUGGAGAAGUCCUUGCUCUAUUGCAGUGUAUGCUAUCCCAGAUUGAGUGGCCACUGCAGGAUCUAUUUCCUGUUGUCCAUUUCCUAGUGCUUUGUCCAAUCUACCCAUAAGCGUGCCAAACAAUGAAGCUUCCACCCCUUUCCUGGGAGACAAUUGCAUGACCCCGUGCAGCAUGGAAGGCAGCAGUGCAAGCUUGUCAAUGUGCUUCAGCCCUAAAGGCAAAGCCUUCCUUUGAGAAGUUCAGUCUCUUUGGUCCAGUCAGUCCUUGGUCUCACCGAUGGAGACCCACCAUGACAGGGUGGGAGGUAACUUAUGCUGGCGACAGCACCCCAUGUGAUGGAGACGCCUGAAGCAGACCUGAGAUCCAUAAGCCUCUGAGCUGUUUUUUAACAUGACCUACCCUGGACUGUGAGAUCCCGGUCUAUACGGAGGUGCUUUGGGAUGCACUAAUGAGAACUCAUUCCCCACAGAGGGUCGUUGGUCUAGUCUUUAGUCCUGUUGGUUUGAAUAUUUCAUCAAAGCUUCUGAGGUUCUCUGAAGGAGCAAGAAAGGAGCACUGGAGCGAAGUCCAGCUCUGUGGGGCAAGGGGACACCCAGAGCUCACUGGAUGGGGCUGAACAGAAUAGAAAAUUUGUAGAACAUCCAUGUAUCUCCAGGACUUUCAGCGGAGCAGAGUAGGACUCCAGUGAUAUCACAAUAUCACAGAAGGGAGAAAGACCAGGAGGGACUAUUUUAAAAUGUGAAGCAGCAAUGAAAGGCAAGUUAAUUAUACUGCUGACCUGUUGGACCUCACUUGAUUAAAAGUGAGGUCAAACCAUAAUGUUGGUUGACAGCCCUGGAGACUUGAAAUCCUUGGGUUAGAUCUGCAGGGCAAAGUGGAAGUGCAAGCUUCUCCCACCAACGUGCCUCCAACCUAGAUCUGCAAAGGGCCCAGUCUCUAGUGAGGGAGACGUGAGUGCAGUCUCCUUGGCCUCUCUGCUGGCAGCAGUGCCCCUAAAAGAAAGCCAAGCAGUGCCAACAAUGGGGAUUAUUUUGGGCAUGACCACUUCACAGGGGGCUACCAAACAGCUUAUAAUAGUCUUGAGCUGGAUUUGAACUGGUGACUUAAAGGGAAUGCUACUGUGGAAAAUGCAAAUAGUUUUUGUUGUGGAAAAUGCAGAUAGUUCUUGUUUGCCAAAUCCCAAACUUGCCAAACACCUUUCUCCAUGGUUAUGUGGUCCCUACCGGGGGCUGUGAACAAGAGGCAGGUUCUUAAGCAUAGUUUAGCUGUCUCUUUCUUUCUCUCUCUCUCUCUAUAUACACCCUUUGAUCCUGUAUUGAGCAAUGCCUUUCUGUGCUCCAGAUCAGAUCUGCUGUAAUAAAGCUUUGUACAUAAA